UACUCCUUUUAAAAAGGCCGAGCUAUUUGGAAAGAUGCCCACCAGGGUGGCAAAGUGUUGCGUGAGCCCUCCCUGCAGCACACGCCCAGAACUUUGAAGCAGGGACAGGGUCCUCCUGACUGCUGAAAGGAAUCGAGUUAAUGAGCCCUAGUGGCAGGUGGCGAAUGGCCAGAGAUCCGGCCUCCCAGUGGUGUCCACCGCCCCGGGCCUCCGCUCGGCGGGCUUAUUUCCCUCCAUGCUGGAGCAAACCCGGGCUGAAAGAGGGCCGCACUAAUUGGUUUGCGUACCCGAAGUGGGAAUAGAGAGGGAGGAAAACCAUGUUUCAGGUGUUACAGGGGGGAAAAAAGUGAAAUGCGAAACGCAGGGGAGAGAGCGACCGUCAGGCAGACACCAUGUGAACCGCAGUGGAGAGCACACCUAGGUGGGGAGGUCACCGGCCCAACCCACCACCCUCCGGGAGAAUGAGGGCAGGGACAGCAGCAGGGGGCAGCAUCCACGUCUCUACGCUUGCAAGGGUUCCCCAACUCCCUGGCCACUGCUCCCCACUUCCUGCAGCCUCGGUCUCCGCCGGGGGCGUGUGUGAGGGGCGGGGCUGCAUGGGGAGGAGGGAUUUAAAAAAAAAGCGAGGUAAUUAGCAUUCUCCGAUUCCACUGGCUCUCCGCCGCCCCUGCUUUGCAUACGUCCGUCCCACUGGCUGCCCGGGGUUUGCUGGGGUUCGGCUAGGUUUGCAGCCGCCACGGCCGCUGCUGCGCUCCGGUGCAGGGCAGGCUGGCGCCGAGCGAACCAGGGCCGGGAGCUGGGAGCCGGGAGCCGGGAGCCAGCUGCCCGCGGAGCUGCGGCGACGGCGGCAUCUGGGGUGGUCUCAGUCCCACGAACACCGUGGCCGGCGCCCGGUGGCUUCUGCGCCCAGCGGGGCUCAGCGAGGAGCGGUCUAGACACUUUUUAUUUUGGAGGAAAGGGUCAAGCCCCGGCGGGAGCUUCCUUCCCGGCCUGGCUCGCUCCCCACUGCGCCCAGCUCCGGCCCGGACUCUGGAAGAUGACUCCAGGGUCUCCUCUGUAUAUUCCAGCGGCGGCGGUUCCGGGAGGCAGCCGAAAGUAGUAACAGUUGGUAGCAGCGGCUGGUGGAAAAGUGAGCCGAGGCGGCGCGGACUCGGCUCUCCCCGCGCCCCGCGGCACUCGCUGCUCCUCGCCUCUCCUUCCCCUUGGCUCCCAGGCGGCUGCAGCAUGAAGUGGCGCAGCGAUGGCCAGGAGAGGUAAGAAGCCCGUGGUGAGAACGCUGGAGGAUCUGACGCUGGACUCGGGUUAUGGUGGCGCGGCGGACUCGGUGCGCUCCUCCAACUUGUCUUUGUGCUGUUCCGACUCGCACCCGGCGUCCCCGUAUGGCGGGAGCUGCUGGCCGCCUCUAGCUGACUCCAUGCACAGCCGGCACAACAGCUUUGACACCGUCAACACUGCCCUGGUGGAAGACUCCGAGGGGCUGGACUGCGCCGGCCAGCACUGCUCGCGGCUGCUGCCGGACCUAGACGAGGUCCCCUGGACUCUCCAGGAGCUGGAGGCGCUGCUACUGCGCUCGCGGGAUCCCCGGGCAGGCCCGGCGGUCCCCGGCGGCCUGCCCAAGGACGCGCUGGCCAAGCUGUCGACGCUGGUGAGCCGGGCGCUGGUGCGCAUCGCCAAAGAGGCGCAGCGCCUGAGCCUGCGCUUCGCCAAGUGCACCAAGUACGAGAUCCAGAGCGCCAUGGAGAUCGUGCUGUCCUGGGGCCUGGCCGCGCACUGCACGGCGGCUGCGCUGGCCGCACUGUCCCUCUACAACAUGAGCAGCGCCGGCGGCGACCGCCUGGGCCGCGGCAAGUCCGCACGCUGCGGCCUCACCUUCUCCGUGGGCCGCGUGUAUCGCUGGAUGGUGGACAGCCGCGUGGCGCUGCGCAUCCACGAGCACGCCGCCAUCUACCUGACAGCCUGCAUGGAGAGCCUCUUCCGGGACAUCUACUCGCGGGUCGUGGCCUCCGGGGUGCCCCGGAGCUGCAGUGGCCCUGUGUCAGGCUCGGGCUCCGGCCCAGGCCCGAGCUCGGGCCCCGGUGCGGCCCCCGGAGCGGAUAAAGAGCGGGAGGCGCCCGGGGGAGGAGCGGCGAGCGGCGGCGCCUGCAGCGCAGCCAGCAGCGCCAGCGGGGGCAGCAGCUGUUGCGCUCCGCCGGCCACCGCGGCCGCCGCAGUCCCGCCGGCUGCCGCCGCCGCCAACCACCACCAUCACCACCACCAUGCGCUCCACGAGGCGCCCAAGUUCACCGUGGAGACCCUGGAGCACACGGUCAACAACGACUCGGAGAUCUGGGGUCUCCUGCAGCCCUACCAGCACCUGAUCUGCGGGAAGAACGCCAGCGGGGUGCUGUGCCUACCAGACAGCCUGAAUCUUCACAGAGACCCACAGCGGUCAAACAAGCCAGGAGAACUCCCCAUGUUCAGCCAGUCGGAGCUGAGGACCAUCGAGCAGUCUUUGUUGGCCACGCGCGUAGGCAGCAUCGCCGAAUUGAGUGACCUGGUGUCCCGCGCAAUGCAUCACCUGCAGCCCCUCAAUGCCAAGCACCACGGCAAUGGCACCCCCUUGCACCACAAGCAGGGGGCGCUGUACUGGGAGCCCGAGGCCCUGUACACCCUUUGCUAUUUCAUGCACUGCCCGCAAAUGGAGUGGGAAAACCCCAACGUGGAGCCUUCCAAAGUCAACCUCCAGGUGGAAAGGCCCUUCCUCGUGCUGCCGCCGCUGAUGGAGUGGAUCCGGGUGGCCGUGGCGCACGCCGGCCACCGCCGCAGCUUCUCCAUGGACAGCGACGACGUCCGCCAGGCGGCCCGGCUGCUGCUGCCCGGCGUGGACUGCGAGCCGCGGCAGCUCAGGGCAGACGACUGCUUUUGUGCAUCUCGAAAGCUGGAUGCGGUGGCCAUCGAAGCCAAGUUUAAGCAGGACCUGGGUUUCCGGAUGCUGAACUGUGGACGAACAGACCUGGUGAAGCAGGCGGUGUCUCUGCUGGGGCCCGAUGGGAUCAACACCAUGAGCGAACAGGGCAUGACUCCCCUGAUGUAUGCCUGCGUCCGUGGGGAUGAGGCGAUGGUUCAGAUGCUGCUGGAUGCCGGAGCUGACCUGAAUGUGGAGGUUGUCAGUACUCCUCAUAAAUAUCCAUCCGUCCACCCCGAGACCCGCCAUUGGACGGCUCUGACUUUUGCUGUGUUGCAUGGACAUAUUCCUGUAGUUCAGCUCCUCCUGGAUGCUGGGGCCAAGGUGGAAGGCUCAGUGGAGCACGGCGAGGAGAACUACUCGGAAACGCCCCUCCAGCUGGCAGCUGCUGUAGGAAAUUUUGAGCUGGUUAGUUUGCUGUUGGAGCGUGGUGCCGAUCCCCUGAUAGGAACCAUGUACAGGAAUGGAAUUUCUACAACCCCCCAGGGUGAUAUGAACUCUUUCAGCCAGGCUGCAGCCCACGGACACAGGAAUGUGUUCCGCAAACUGCUCGCCCAGCCAGAGAAGGAGAAGAGUGAUAUCCUGUCCCUGGAGGAGAUUCUGGCCGAGGGGGCUGACCUGGCGGAGACAGCCCCGCCCCCCCUGUGCGCCAGCCGCAACAGCAAGGCCAAACUGAGGGCCCUGAGGGAGGCCAUGUAUCACAGCGCUGAGCAUGGCUACGUGGAUGUCACAAUUGAUAUCAGGAGCAUAGGCGUCCCGUGGACUCUGCACACAUGGCUGGAGUCUUUGCGGAUCGCCUUCCAGCAGCACCGCAGGCCUCUCAUCCAGUGCUUGUUAAAGGAGUUUAAGACCAUUCAGGAGGAGGAAUACACGGAGGAGCUCGUUACCCAAGGCCUGCCCCUGAUGUUUGAGAUCCUGAAAGCGAGCAAGAAUGAAGUGAUCAGCCAGCAGCUGUGCGUCAUCUUCACCCACUGCUACGGGCCCUACCCCAUCCCCAAGCUCACAGAAAUCAAACGGAAACAGACCUCACGCUUGGAUCCUCAUUUUCUUAACAAUAAAGAAAUGUCUGACGUUACCUUUCUGGUAGAAGGAAGACCAUUUUAUGCUCACAAAGUGCUGUUAUUUACAGCCUCUCCAAGGUUCAAAGCACUCCUCUCCAGCAAGCCGACAAAUGACAGCACCUGCAUAGAGAUCGGCUAUGUGAAAUACUCCAUCUUUCAGCUGGUUAUGCAGUAUCUCUACUAUGGUGGCCCAGAGUCACUGCUCAUUAAAAACAAUGAGAUCAUGGAGCUUCUGUCUGCUGCUAAGUUUUUCCAGCUGGAGGCUUUGCAGCGACACUGUGAGAUUAUCUGUGCGAAAAGCAUCAAUACCGACAACUGUGUGGAUAUUUACAACCAUGCCAAGUUUCUUGGAGUCACAGAGCUCUCAGCAUAUUGUGAAGGCUACUUUCUCAAAAACAUGAUGGUCCUCAUUGAAAACGAAGCAUUCAAGCAGCUCCUGUAUGACAAAAAUGGUGAAGGGACCGGCCAGGAUGUGCUCCAGGACUUACAGAGGACGUUGGCCAUCAGAAUUCAGUCCAUCCACUUGUCGUCUUCCAAAGGUUCCGUGGUAUGAAACGCCCAGUGCAGGGAAUGCUUCCCAGGAACUUUCCAGUUCUCCUGCCGCAUUGGCUUUACACAAACACAGACAAAUUCCACCUGGCACCUGUUUUUGGCUGGGCCAAGGAGCUGCCUCUACUGCUCCCACGUGUUCCUGUUGAAAAACAAAGGACUUUCCACUGGUCUGCAGAUCAGAUCAGCUGGGUCCAGAGCUUAAUGGGCAAUUGGACAACGAAGUUAACCCCAAUUGAAAGCACCCCUAGGACCACUGAACACCCACUGCCGGGGACCACUGUCCAGUGAAUGGAUUGAGGCCUUUUAAAGGUCACUCAGGUUCCAGGUUGACAGUUGGAGAACUUGAAUGUACCAACCAUGAAGAGAUUGUAUUACACAUUAAGGACCUUGGUAGCUGUGCUUCAGCAAACGUCAACCAUGGUAGCAAAUUGGUGAGGCUGUGACCCAUAAUGAGGAAAUAAUUUGGCAAAUUUUUAGGGGUGGGAACUUUUUAAAAUGUUCAUUUAAAAAAAAAAAAAACAAAAACAGGGCAGUCUUGUAGUUUAAAAUAUAUUUCUAAAAGCUUAACAGUUCGUUUUCAACUAAAUUGUGUUUAGGGAUCUGUGUUUGAGAUUUUUCCUUUUUUUUUUUAAAUAGUAAGUCACAGGUCCACACUGUGUAAACAUGCAUCUGAUAAGAUACUGCUGAUAUUCUAAACAAGUUGAAAUAAUCUUGCCUUAGUGAUCAUGAUUACACAAAAGAGGUGCACUGCCAAUAAGUAUCUCUAAUUCAAUAGUUGAAAGCAACCUGCAUGCUAAUCGUGGUUUCGGGGUGAGAAUAAAACACCCCCACAUAACAUGCAUUUGCAUGGGCCCGAACCUGUGAAAUGUUACAUUUGUGCUUCAUUUUUGCCAAGGUAAAAAUGCGCCAUCAUUUCUAGCUAAAAUUCCAUUUGGUGAAACCAACAUAUCCAUUUCUUUUCCUAGUUACGGAUGAUUUGGGGAUGCUUUUGCAGAAAUGUGUUCAUAGAUGAUGCUGAAUGGGGGGAGGGGGGCAGCACGUCAGAGAAUUUACUAUUAAUCCCAGAGUUUUCUCUGUAUUCUCAGAAGAUGUUAAUAGUUUGUUACUAGCCAGAGAGUAUGACUAUGUUAGAUUAUUUUUAAAGCUGAAACAUGUAUGAUAGGAUGGAUUCUUUCUGUAUUCUGAGAGUGUACAGUACAGGAUUAUUAUAAUGAAAGUUUAUAUCAACAGGGUUUCGUUGGCUCUGCCAUAUAUUAUAAGCAAAAGAGAUUGGUAAAGUGCCACAAUAUUCCAGAUAACUUUUCAGUUGCGGCCUUUCUUCUCGUUCUUUAAUUUGAAACCUAGAUACAUGCAGUAAAAACUAGGAGAAUGACUUUUACCCUUGGGGACGGCCAAGUUUUGUUGAUAAACCUAUUUCCUAGCAUGCCUUCAGGAAGUUGUGCCAGACCCUAGAUUGUGAAGGAGCCACUGUUCUUCUGUUGUACUAGCUCUCUGAACCAUUGUUCAGAGGACCAAUGUCACAUCGCUUCAUGGGUGUGGCCCAUGGAGCAUCUGGGUGACAUCUGUCUACAGUAUUGGCUCUUCUGUGAGGCUGAUACACAAGGCCUCUCUUCCACAUGGUCAUUUGCAAACCUCCCCCAGCCCCUACCAUCCAAUGUGGAAGGAAAACAAGAACUGCCUGAAGAAGAGUCCAAGCUACAGAUACACAGCGUGUGCAUUGCGGCUGUCACCUUCCUCCUCCCUCUUCUGUAUCCUCAGAGAUGCUGUGUGGAUGUUUCCUUAACCUCAGCUGACUUCCCUGUGAAUGUCUAAUGCUAGUUCAGGGCCUCCAGGCAUUGAUUUGUACAGUGGCAACUCCCAUUGGGGCUUCUGUUAUCGUUUGGUGUGCUUUCUCUGUCAUUAAAAGAAAUGAUUUUCCCAG